AUGUCCUCAAAUAAUGGGAAAACUAAGGAAAUCAUUAAACGUAAAUUAGUUAUUGUUGGGGACGGCGCUUGUGGAAAAACUUCUUUAUUAUCCGUUUUCACAUUAGGUUAUUUCCCAACGGUCCCAACUGUAUUUGAUAAUCGGGUGGCAGAUCUAAAAAUCGACGGGAAACCUGUACAACUGGCGUUGUGGGAUACAGCUGGUCAAGAAGAAUAUGAGAAAUUAAGGCCACUUUCUUAUUCUAAAGCACAUGUCAUUCUGAUUGCGUUCUCGGUUGACUUGCCAGAUUCAUUAGAAAAUGUUUCCGCCAAGUGGAUUGAAGAAGUUACUUCUCUUUGUCCGAAUGUACCUGUCAUUUUAGUUGGAUUAAAGAAAGAUUUAAGAGAAGAUGUAGCUAAAAUUGCGGAAAUGAAGGAAAAGGGAAUCGCCUUUGUAGAAACAAGACAAGGUGAGACUAUGGCUCAACGGAUAGGAGCUAGGAAAUAUAUGGAAUGUUCUUCAUUAACUGGAGAAAAUGUAGAUAACAUUUUUGAAGCUGCAUCACGUGCAGCGCUUUUGACGCGAGAAGGCACUGGGAAGGGAUGUUGUGUCGUUCU